AUGCCAGGCUUUUCGCCCGAACAGACCGACUCGAUAACGGCAACAUGGAAGAAGCGCAAGCGGGACCAUGAGGAGACAGUGACUCUAGCUCGUCCGGCCACAUUCACCCCAGCCGCCUUCCGAGUAGACCGCCCAGAAUUCGACGGCUGCUCACAUCCUCUAUCACGACACCCAGAAGGGACUGACAUUUCCUUCCGACCACGCUGCCUCCCACGCAAGCGUCGAAACGUCCAAAGCCCUUACCUCGCUCUCCAACAUCAACAUCCCCACCAACCCCAACAAUCAACACACCUCUCACCGAACGUCUACGCCCCCAACAUCGACCCUUACUCGCCCCCAGUCUCACCACGGACCCUCGUCCCUCUCCGGUACCCAGGCCAGACACAACAAGUCUCAGCAUCUCCAUCAGCCCUGCGCCCCUGCCAUAUAUGCCACCGGCGCCCAACAACCCGCCAAGUCCUCGACGCCUACGCUGACUGCGAUUUGUGCCACGAGCGGGCCUGUUUCAUCUGUCUCCGACAAUGCGACACCGUCAAUUGCGGAGGAACAUUCGGCCUUCCAGAUAGCAUGCACGAUUCCGAUAUCAAGAGAUUAAAUGACUACGAUGCGGGUGAAGAAGCACUCUCCCGCAGAAAAAUUUGCUCCAGCUGUGCCGUCGAGGAUGUCACCGAAACUGGCGCGGAGAUCGUGCGCUGUCUCGAUUGCGUGCAGGGACAUGCUGCCUGGUCUGCCCAGACUAUUCCUUCUGGAUGGGCUUUGGAUGACAUGCGACAUGAGGAUAUGACCGGAUGA